AUGAAGAAAACAAGAGGGAGGCAAAAGAUAGAGAUAAAAAGGAUUGCAAAGGAAUCCGAUAGGACGGUCACCUUCUCAAAGCGUCGAUCAGGAAUCUAUAAGAAGGUAAAUGAGCUUGUCACCAUGACGGGUAGCGAGGUAGGAUUUUUGGUAUUUUCUCCUGCAGGGAAACCCUUCACUUAUGGUGAUCCUUCCUUUGAGGAUCUUGCACUUCGGUACCUGGGCCAGCAACAAGAGCCUCAAUUACCUCUCAAUCAAGGGAUGUACAGGCAAGCUAGGAUCGAAGAGCUACUCUGGACCCACAACAAGCUAAUGGAAUUGAUGGAAGAAGAAGAGAAGAAAGUGAAGGUUUUGAGGGCAAAGCUUGCGAGAAAGCCAAUGAAUAAUUGGUGGAACAAAGGGAUUAAGGAGGUGGAGGUGGAAGAGCUUCCAGAUCGUGAGGAUGCCUACUCGAAGGUGUUUAUGAUGGUUGAAAACAGGAGGACAGAAGUAAUUGGCCUUACCAAUAACAUCAAUAAUUAUGCUCUUGGUGGUGCUUCUUCCUCUACUAUUUCUGAGCCUUCUCAAUACCAAUUGAUGAGCAUGAGAUCGAUGUUUGGGUCAUUUGGUGAAACCAUUAAUCAAUAG